AUGCACAUCGAAAUUCCCACUGUUGGUCCCCGAUUUGCCAGAGAGGCUUCGCCUGCCUUGAGCGCGCACAGUGAAGCUCGAUCCCACUUGAGCUCGGCAGUGGAGGUGCUUCUCGAUGCCGCCGUCGGACGUGACGAUGACAGAUCAGGUGCCAUGGGAUUGCUGAGUGGUGAGCCAAGUGCAAGAACGACUCGUUCUCGUUUUCGAGAUGUGUUGGGCAUUGGCGUGGUUCUCAUCACUUUCUUCGUCGGGGUCUGGUUCCUUUUCUGGAUGCGUCGCGUACUUGUUCCGCUCACUUUCGCUUUGUUCCUUGCCUUCCUGUGCGAGCCUCUCCUGGCUUUCAUGGUCACCGCCCCAAGGUAUGCGGCCAGAAAAAUGCAGCGAUGCAAGGAGCAUCGUUCCGGUGACAGGAAGCAGCACGACCGCAAAGGGGUGCCAGUGGGACGAGCAGAGGAAGAUGUCAACUCUUCGGAUCUCGAUAGCACCGGAAGCGCUGCCAGCAUGACGGUCAGCGACUGCGACGGGCAAGCGGCCAAGACCUGCUGCACUUCGUGCAGCAAAUGGUUGCAGCAGAUAUGGAGCUUUUUCGCAGUCCUGAUCCUGGUCGUGACGCUCCUGGCCGUGACUUUCUUGAUCUUCUAUGGUGUUGUCAGAGUGUUUGCUGAUUUCGACUGGAGCCAAUUCAGGGAUUCGGCCAAGAUGCGUGAUAUGCAGUCGCUCCUUGAAAAGGCAGGUAUUGUCGACCGCAAAAUGAACGUAAACUUUCAGAAGGUGGCGGCCGAGUUUAGAAGUUAUCUGUUAGACACAGCCUCAACAUUCUUCCACUUUGUCGAAGGCUACCUGAAUCAUUUCUUGAGAGCUUCUGACGUGCACUUAUUAGCUCCAAACAUGGACAGUGACAUGGAGAUGGAUGCGGCUUUGAAUUUCUUAGUCUCUGCGCCUCUCUUUUUGGAGCAGCUGGGCUUGGGCAAGCUCUCUCGAGGUAUAUUCUUUCAAGUGGAUGCACAGCAGCUGGAACUGCGGCCUACUGUCUGCAGCAGAUCUGCAGAUGUACGGGAACCAGCUACCGGGAAGUCAUCGCCAGCGAAAACAGUCGUCAACUUCAGAGCGUUCUACAAGCCUCUUACCACAUGGAUCAUCUGUUCCAGGAUGUUGGGGACGGUUACCGCCGAGAGGGAGGACCUUGUGUGCUCCACCCAGACGUUGAAAGAUGCUCCGCCACUCCGAGUCAAGGGCUUUCUGAAGAAGAUGUGUUGGUGGCUGGGCCGCCGUGCCAGCCAUACAGUUCCCUAA